CCACCAAUUACACAGCCCACUUCCCCAAAUGCACUUUUCACUUUAAAACUACAUCCUUCACCGUAGAUAACGUCCAAUCCAACGGCAGACGUUAAAUCAUUCCUCCUGCGAUAGCAAUCCGCGUCCGCCUCAAGUCAAUUUCCACCGAUUACAACUCCUCCUUUUCAUUUUCUCUCUCCUAUAAAUCCCCACUUUCUUCUGCCGCCAAAUACCAGAUUAAAAAACAUUCUCUCAAUUCGUCUAAUAUCUCGAAGUUCCCCAAAUACCAGACUCUUGAUUUCUUAAUUCUCUGUAACCAAUCAUGCCCUCCUCCGCCACCGCAGCUCCGUCGAAGGCCAAAGCCAACCUCUCUAAAUCGAAGAAAACCGCAGCUGCAUUAACCUCUGGUGGUGCCAAGAAACCCAGAGCCUACCCUACUUAUCAUGAGAUGGUCAAGGAGGCGAUUGUGGCUUUGAAGGAAAGGAGUGGAUCGAGCCAGAUUGCAAUUGCUAAGUUCAUCGAAGAGAAGCAUAAGUCCAACCUCCCUGUAAAUUUCAAGAAACUGCUGCUUGUUCAAUUGAAGAAACUUGUUGCUAAUGGCAAGCUAGUUAAGGUCAAGAACUCCUUCAAGCUCCCUCCUAAAUCUUCCGCUAAGGAUGCUGCUUCUGUGAAGAAAGCGGCUCCGGCGAAUCCCAAGGCCGAGGCUAAGCCUAAGCCGGAAAAGGCUGCGAAGGCCGAGGCUGUAAAGUCUCCGGCGAAGAAAGCUGUUGUUGGGGCUAAAAAUAAGACUCCGGCGAAAAAGGCAGUAAAGAAAACCAAGAGUAUUAAGUCGCCGGUGAAGAAGGCAGUUAAGAAGACCAAGAAGUGAAAGCAGUUUGUGGAUAGAAUGACAGGACUUGUAAAUUGAGGGUUUACACGGGGUUAUUUGGGUAUAGAAUUGCUUGAUUUCUUUAGGAGAAAUUAUUUCAAUGUAAUUCAACUUCAUUUUGAAAGGGAAUUAUUUGUUUUAGUGAA